GAGGUCCUUGUCGUCGCUAUCGCCGUGGUAUUAGUGCUCGUGUUGGCCCUCGGAAAAUCGAUAUCCUCACCCAGCGCGCACAGUCGCGCACGGAAAACGGACAGGCACGCAGGCAUCGGCCAUCGGUGGGACUUUUCACGCUCGCUCACCAAAAAGCUGUCCAGCGACGGGCAGGACCAUUUUAGUGACCGUUUGGUGUCGUGUAAACACCUGUGCAAGACGUGAUGUGAGCCAGGGAAAUGGAGGAUUAAAACCAUGGCAGGCUAGUGCUGCGUUCGCAGUGAAACGGAAUACGGAAGCAGCAGCAGCAGCAGCACCAGCAGCAAUGGAAUGUAAACUCCAAGCAGGAGUGUGUGCACAAGGAAGGGCGUGCGUCCGUUUCCUUUAGUGUGUGUGUGUGUGUGUGUGUGUGUGUGUGUGCUAAUGUGCGCUUCGAAAGUGUGUGCCCGUAUCGCUCCUCAUUCAUUUGGAUCCUCUCAAAACAGAGAGGAUACACUGCGAUGGGCACCCUCCCCCCAGUUGGGUGUGCAUGCAUAUUUGUGCGUGUCCGUGUGCCAUUUUUCAAGGCGAACGAUGUGAAUUCAAGUCCCAUUCCGGUCUGGUAACUCUAGGCAAUUUUAGCAGUAUACCGUCCUGCUGGUGGUGCUUAUCAUGCAAUUAGUACAACAGCCAUUUUGGAAAUUGCAUUCACACCAAAACAUGGAGCGAGAAGUGUGCGUAUGGAAGCAGCAGGUGCACCAUCAGUAGCAGCAGCAGCACCAGUAGGCCAUUGAAAGUAGUGCGUUAGCGCGGGGGGAUCUGAACGCAGCAACCGUAGUAGCUGCAAGUAACCACCAGCAUCCAUUUGUGUCUGUGUGUACGUGUCCGAUUGUAGUUGUGUCGAACAUCGACAGGAAAGUCAGCGAUGUGCAUCGAGCACUCAGCGCCAGCAGUAGCAGCACCAGCAGCAGUAAGGACGAUACGAGUGUGUGCUGCAAUGAUACGCCAGCACCAGCACGGAUACCACGGUGGGCGAUACUAGGAAAUUAGUGAAAUCGGGCUUUAGUUGAAUUGCGUUCGCCGAUAGUAGUAGCCAAACGUCGAUUAGGUUAGUACAAUUGCGCUGUGGUCUAUAUCACCGACGAAACAGCAAGUCGAAGCAGGGAACGGAGACCGAAACGGAGCCUUCUUUGAUCCCCAGGCCCAGCGUACCCUGUCGCUCGACGGCGAGUACACGCCGAUGGCGACGUAGUAGCGACCGAACGAGUCUGCGGAAACGAAGAGAAGAAGUAGCACACUUUACACGCGGGAAUUGAUGCAGCAAGCGGAAGCAACGGAUCGGAAGCGACAGAAGAAGGCAUGAGCCGUAGCCGGCGCUCCUCGUUUGGGCACCAGCACUACCAGCAGCAGUUUACGGUCACCUCGACGAUCAACUAUGGCGACGAUGGGCUCCGGUGUGAGGGUACGGCAAGUCCGGGCAUCGUCUGUCCACCGGGUGGUGGUGCAGGUGGUGCCGGGACAAGCUCGUCACCGUCACGGUUCAGUGAGUCGUCCUACUCCAAUCUGGGCUCCCGGUUGACUGCGUACGUGGCUCAAUCGUCAGUGGCGGCAGCGGCUGCAGCACAAGCCACGGCAACCGGAACAUCUACGACGCAUCCGCUCAACAACCUGCCGACACCGUCGUCCUCCUCCUCGCUAUCCUCUUCCGUGACGUACGGUGGAGGUGAUGAGCAUUCGGGCAGCCUGCGGCCCUGCUGUAUAUCGCCAUCGGUGGCACCACUUAACCACCAUCACCACAACCACCAACAUCAUCACCAUGCAGGAUCGUCAUCGAACGGAGCGGCGACCCCACUCCAGUCCUCCAGUGAUCACCACCGAUACUCGACCAGCUCGGCCCCAAACUCCAUCAUGUAUCCGCCGGAGACACAACGCAACGGACCGCACCAUCGCUCAAUGUCCCCAAGCUCCAGAACCCGCUAUCCGGUACCGGAACGGUUCCGUGAUCCUCCGGCAACGGCAUCAUCCGCGGCAACGCCACCGCCAACGGCGCAAGUUGGAUCGACGAAGGUGGAUCAGUAUGGGAACUAUCUGCUGAGCAACUCACCCCUCAUGACGUCAUCGGAGAGCUAUAGCUAUCUGACGUCCACCGUUCACACACCGGUCAAGCGCUACAUACCGACACCACCACCACCGGAAAGCUUCCAGCACGAGGCUCCGCUCGGGCCCAGCCUGAUGGCAGGGCUGAUGGCGUCCGGUGGUGCCGGAAUUAACAUCAUCACCCCCCACCAACAGUCGGUCGGUGGUGCGACGUCUACGGCCACCCUCAUCAAGUCGUUGCCGUACCGGCUGAAGGUGAAACCGGAUGGCCGGGGAGCGGAAGAUGCGACCGAUCACUAUGCCACUCCACCCCGGGCACGACCCGUUGGCGUGUCCCUCGGUGAGCGCCAAAGCCAUUGCCAGGCGACGCAGAUCUGCAAUUACGGAGCGAGCGCCGGUGGAGGAGGAAGUGGCCGGCAAGGUC